GUAAGCAGCAGUAGUGUUCACGUUUGUAGUCUGAAUUUUGAUUGUCAAAACCAAAACAUAAACGAUGUGUACAAUGUAAUAUAUCAGAAAUUAUAGUCUGAUAUUAUUUUUUUUAAAUUAAAGUAAAAAUAAGUAUAAAUAUUAAAUAUGGUUAGCUGUGCUAUUGCUACCUGUAGGAACACGUCAGCAAAAAUAUCCAAAAAUAAAGAUGGUAUUACAUUCCACAGAUUCCCUAGAGACAAAGAGAGGCGAAGGCAGUGGGAAGUAGCAGUCAAUAGAGAAAAAGAAUGGUCUUCAACACUAUCUAGUGCUGUGUGCUCUGAACACUUUGUGGCUGUUGAUUUUUAUUUAACAGAAAGUGGACUGCGAAGACUGUCAAUGGAAGCCGUGCCUACAAUUAAUAUUUCACCUUGUCAGGAACCAGAACCAACAAUAACUGUUACCAAACCAGUCGACAUCAAGCCAACAGACACAGAAGAAGUGAUACAAUUGAAGCACAAAGUGAGAAGAUUGGAAGUCAUUGCAGAGAGCAGAAAGAAGAGACUCAACUUGAUGUGGCAAAGUAAAAGACGACUAAAGAAAAAGUUAGAGAGAAUGGCUUGUUUGAUUAAAAAUUUGAUUAAAAUAAAAAAAUGUAUUGCAGAAAAUGGAUGAACGUAAGAAGAGAUUGUACAUAUCAAGUUUUCAUAUUCUUGUUGAAUAGGGAGAUGAGAGAUUGUAUAUAUCAAACAUGAUUUCAGAUUCUUGUUGAAUAAGGAGAGGUUUUAAGUGUCUUUAUAUGCAUCUAAAAUAAGAUUCCAUUCAGAGGAUAAGUGUUAGACUUGCAUUGACAUGUAUUUUGAUUAGGGCAUAUACAUGCUGAUGCACAUUAGAGUGCUUUAGACAUACAAUAUCUAAAUAAGGUCUUGUGUGGAUGCCAGGAACUUACUUUUAUGUUUCAUGCAUGACCUGUAAGAUGUUGCUAUUAUAUUGGGUUUGAAAUGUGAUUGAAUAUUGAAUUCAUUUUGUAUGUAAAAAAAUUAUAACUGAUUGAGUUUGUGAGCGAGUAUCAUACAAUGGCAAUAUUAAUAACUGAUUUAAGUGGAGAAAUUUUGUUGUAUUGUAACACUAUUUAUUUUAUAUUUUGUUAAUAAUUAGAUUCUCGAAUUGCUUUUUAUGAAAUAUGAUGUCCAACAACAUUAACAUUACAUACCUAGUAGUAUUAAGAACCAUUUUGUAUGAUAUUAUAUAUUUUUCAUUAAAUGAAUAAGACUGCCUUUAUUGUAUAUAACAGUAGAGCCCGCUUAAUACGAUUUCCCAUAGCGAGUGGCAAAGCAAGUAAAAUGAGACUGCCUUGUCCUAAGUAAAUUUUUAUUCGGAAAAAUUUUACAUAUUCCCAGAGGGGUAGGCGACGUGUAGCCAGGGCACCCAUCUUUGUCAUGCCAUUUGUUCCGACACCUUGGGGCGAGCAUGUUGCCAAAUCGGACAAAAAUUGCUGACUUCUGGCUGAUAUUCAGCAGAAAAACCCAAUAUCCAUUUGCCGAACCCAAAAGACCGGCUGCCAGACUUUAAACUAUGAGUUCAUUCUGCGUAGAUCGGAUUACCAAUAGUUAAAAAAUUUAAAAAGUUGUAUAAUUGUAAAAGUAGGUAGAUAUUGUAACUUUGACUUGCGGAUGACCAACACCUAAGGCCGCCCCCUAACCACGGAUGUUGCAGUCUUCGCAACGUCGGGGAAAAAAAUAAAAUAUAUAAACCGCAAUAAUAAAACCUGAAAAAUAGUUUAAUUUUGGUAAAUCGUUUUAUUUUCCGUUUCCCGCUUACGAUGCAUUUAUGCGUCAAGGGAAAGGGCUGAGUCCUUUUAAAUUGCCUUAAGCGGAUUUAAUAAACCUCGUUUAUUUUUUUUACAUAAUAUUGAUAUAGUGUAUUUCAUAUCUUUAACAUAAUGAAUAGUAAUAUCUGAUCUUUGACCUAUAACUUGCAAUCAAUGACCUUUGACCUCGGAUCAAAUAUUUGAAUUGAUAUUUGGAAUCGGAUGUAUAUCCGGUUACACUCAAAAUCAGUGAAAUUGACCAGUAAUAAAUGACCUUUGACCAUCGA